AAAUGGGAAAAAAUGAGAACAAUGGUUUUAGUUCAUUUUUUUAAAUAUUUAAUUGAAUUACAUUAAAUUUUCCAUUGUUCGAGAGAAUUAUGGCAAUGGCAGAAAGCUAAUCGAACCUUAGUCUAUUUUGCAUAAAAGAAUGUAUAAAAUGAAAAAAUAUCUAAUUUGUAUUUAUUUUUGUACCGUGCUGUUUUUCAAGUAUUCCGCGUUUCUUUUGUACAAAAACGUCGCUUCCAAAAUAGAAGACAGAGAAGUAUUUGCUGAUGAUGAAGAGAUUAAAAACUACUAUAGCAAUAAGCGAUAGCACUAACGGCUAAAACUUGAAGAUGAGCCUCCGGGGUAUAAAAUUGGUUACAUUAGACGCUACAAAUACAAUAUUAAAGUUCCGGUUACCCCCUUGGCAGCACUAUGCAGCAGUAGCACAGGAUUUUGGCUUUACUGUGGACGCGCAACUAGUUAAAAAGCAGAUGCUAGGCGGCUUUAAAUCAAUGUCUGAAGAUCACCCUAAUUUUGGCAAAAAUACCAUAGCUUGGGAGGAGUGGUGGAGAAAACUUGUAAAGGCGUCGUUUACGGGACUCCUGCCUUCAUCGGCAGACGUUAAUCGCAUCGCGAACAGGCUCAUAGAAGACUUUAAAACAACAAAAUGCUGGAAACGUGCUGACGGAGGCGAAAAACUGUUGAACUUACUACGCGACAAGGGUAUUUCGGUCGGUGUCAUCUCCAACUACGAUCCUAGACUCCGUGAGGUACUACAGAACAUAAAUUUAGGUAACCAUUUUGAUUUCAUUGUAACAUCUUAUGAUGUUGGCUUCAGUAAGCCUGACAAGAAAAUUUUUAGCCAUGCUAUGCAACUGGACAAAUCUUUGUCACCGGUACAAUGUCUCCACAUUGGGGACGAUUUGAAGAAGGAUUACGAAGGGGCGCGGGCAGCAGGCUGGCAUGCGGUGCUGGUCGCUGCGGAGUCAGCUGAGACACCACCAGCUGAGAAGCAUGUGUUCAAGGAUCUGAAUGCACUAAACUUAGCCAUUCAAAGGGAUGAGUUGGUGCUCUGAUCCACAACUAGAUUUAAGUGGACUGAGAUAUAAAGUGACUUUGGCUUCUAAUUUCCUAAAAUUUUAACUCGACAUUAGCACUGAUGAAUGAAAGAUUAACUUUUUUGUGCCUACCUUUCAUUUCGGAACUUCACAUUCUUAUUUUAAAUUUUAUAAUUCAGUUAGAAUUCUUAGAUCAUGUCACUUUAUUGUUGUUAUUUGUGUGAAAUCCAUAAUACUGUCAACUGUCUUCUUGUAUUCAGGGCAUUCAGAUUUUAAUAUGUACAAAAAAUAUGUAUAACUCAAAAUUUAAGCAAUGCCUCCAACUAGGUUACAAGGUAUAUCUGAAAGUAUUCCAUAUAUUAUGAUUAUCGACAGUCUGUACAAAUGGAACAACCAAAUAUAAUCUGAAUGGAAUCUCAACAAUGCAGGCUAGAAGCACUUAUUAUUAGAGAUUGUGCCUAUACUACCUAUCUUUACUGAUCAACAAGUUAUGGCUGUAGAGCGGAGAUCACCAAUUAGUUUCUAUAGGGAUCCAGUUUUUAAAAUACAGUGAACUUUGUGGUCCGUUUCUACUUGAGUUUACUAAUAAGCAUAAAAACAAAAUAGGUUGGUGGUCCAUAUCGCAGUCUGCCAUUAGGUGACCCCUGCUGUAGAAGCUUAGACUGUCUUAACUUUUUUUAUGUCAUGAAUGCUUCACACCAUAUCCUAACCAUGAGUGCCAAAUUGUUAGUGUACAGGGGAGCAAAGAAUACUAUAAUGUAUAUAUAUAUAUAUAUAUAUAUAUAUAUAUAUAUACUUAAAUUAUUUAUUAUAUAGUUUAAUAAUUUAUGCAAAAAAGUUAAUUAUGUAGUACAACAACAAUGUAUGAAAAAUUGUAUUAUUAUUAAUAUAUUACUAGCCAACAUGUAGAUUAGCUAAAUGAUUACCGGACGGAAGAGCUUGUAGGUUCAUCAUUAAUUAUCAAUUUUUCCUAUUGGCUGUGUGUAUUGACUUUGACAAUACUUGUGUUAACAAUUGAGUGUUUAUAUAUUUUCUGUUUCUCUGUUUGUUUGUUUGUUGUUAAACAAAUAUUAGGAGUUAUAUUAUUCAUGCACUCAUUUAAAAUACUGUAAGAGUUUAUAAACUCUGAACAAACAACAAAGUGUCAUUGUUAUUUCUUGUUUUUAUUACUUAUUGGCAGGGAAUACUUGUCGUGUUAUUUUGAAAUUUUACAAUUCUAAGAUAUUAAUGGAAUAUUUUUUACAAACAUAUUUAUGUUAUAAUUACCUAUUUGAUUUCUACAUGCUGUGACACAUGUCUCCUUAUAGAAUCUAUAUGUAUACUGUAAGCAGAAUAUUUAAUAUAAUACCCAUCUUAUACAUAUCUGUGAAUAGGUCAUACAGGCUUAGGGUAAACUGUUUGUAAGUUGAAAGACUGUAGUUUGUUCAUACAUAAAGAAAAAAAUCCUUUUUGACUGGAGUAUGUACACCAUGAUCCCUCUGAUUGUUCUGUACUGAGGCUGUUAAUAAAAUUACAUAAGUAGCUGCAUUCUGAAUAUAGUCAAUUAUGUUUGAAGGUUCCUAUUAUUUUGGUAUAUUUAUGUUACAGUAAUAAAAUUGUAUCUAAA